UCAGUAACAAUAAAUUCUCCACAAAUAAACCCUCAGACAUGGCUCAGUCUUCCAAGUCUACAUAUUUUAAUCAAGAUGAACUCCAAGAUCACAAGGCCGCUUAUGAAAAAGGUGGACUGGGGAACGCUGCCUCUUUGAUACAGCAGAAGUUAAAUAUUCUUUGCAAUACCGAGCUGAACAUUGCAGUGAUGGGAGAUUCCGGUGCAGGGAAAUCCACCUUCCUCAAUGCGAUGAGAGGAGUUCAGGGCGAUGAUGACAGAGCAGCUGAAUCUGGGCCCACAGAAACCACAAUGAAGCCAACCUCAUACCCACACCCUCACCUGCCAAAUGUUUGCUUCUGGAACCUGCCAGGAAUUGGAACAACAAACUCCCCUACAAAAAUGUACCUGAGUGGAAUGACUUUUCAAAUAUAUGAUUUCUUUGUCAUUAUUUUACACGGCCGAUUCAGAGAAAAUGACAUUUCUAUAGCUAAUGAGAUUAAAAAGCUUGGGAAGAAUCUAUACUUUGCCCACUCCAAAAUAGAUAGUGAUCUCUAUUCAAUGAGGAAGCGAAACAGGAAUUUUAAUGAAGGGGAAGAACUGAAGACGAUCAGAAGAGACUGUGCCAGUAAAUUGGAAGAGGCAGGGAGUUCAGCACUCACUGUUUUCCUGAUAUCAAGCUUUGAAAUGAAUGGUUUUGAUUUUCCAAACUUAAGGGAAACCCUCGCAAAUAACCUUGAUGAUCUAAAGAAGCACAUAUUCAUGAUGUCACUUCCAAACACAACCUUGGAAAUUAUCCAUAACAAAAGAAAAGGGCUGAAGAAACAAAUCUGGAUGUUAGCUACAGUUUCUGGAUCAGUGGGAGCAGUUCCAGUUUCUGGCCUGUCCUUUGCUUGUGACACUGGGAUACUGGUUUGUGCAAUUAAAGAAUUCCGUAAAUAUCUGGGUUUGGACAACGCGUCACUUCAAAGACCAGCAAAUAGAACAGGGAAACCUGUAAAAGAUCUGAAAGCAGUGGUGAAAUCUCCCCUGCUAGGGGAAAUAAGUAAGGACUUUGUGUUGCAAAAGUUAAAAGGUUCGGUUUUUGGUGGAAUUUCUGCAGCUAAACCUGUCUUUGACUUCAUCCCAGUCAUCGGUCCAAUCUUUGGAGCAGGAUCAUCAUUUCUGCAGACCAGGAAGAUGUUGAAUAAUGUACUGAAUGACCUGACAGAGAAUGCACAGAGAGUGGUAAAAGCUGUCUUUGGGACUGACUGAAAUGCUGACGUAUUAUGACAUUGAAUUCCUAUAACUUAUGAAACAUUCCAAAGAAGAAAGCAUUGUGGGAAAUGCUGGUGUUGGACUGGGGUGGACAAAUGAAAUGAAAUAUUUUUGAAAUAUUCUUUCAUUGGCUGUGGGACCUCUUGAAAUAUGAAAGGAUGUAGAAGUUGCCAUAACAAUGGAAUGCGCUUCAUUUUUGUAAAUUAGGCAGCCUAUUUUGACAACAAGUCCUAAAAAAAGCUUUCAGCAAAUGUGAUUAAUGACAAGUUUAUUUUCUUUGGAUGAUGUUUAUUAAGUGAUAACUGUUUCCCUCUGAACAUUAGGAAAACUCCUUCAAACAGUAUCAACAAACAAGGAUGUGGUUUAACCUUUCAGUCAAAAAAAUCACAUUGCAACAUUUCAGCAAUUAAUAAUUUAUUGAAGUACCAAUCGGAUUACAUGCUGAAAUCUCAAGGAAUCAAUUUCUCAAUUACAGCAAUGACUGUCCUAACGCUGUUUCAUUUUUCUCUCUGUUUCACCGUCCUGGUUCUGUGUUCUUUGGUCAAAGCAAUCCAUUGAUCUUAGCUCAGGAAUGUGACUGCUGCAUCAGUGAAUGGACGGUCCCUUCCAGCAAUACACUCAGAGGAAACAGUCUGAAUGUGCUCUUUGUUCUGUGUUGUUAUCGUUACGUUGAUAUAACAGUUCAAAGAUAGAUUGUCUCCUUCUUCCUCCUUUGGCUUUCUGUUACAUGGAGCAACCAUAAUAUGUGCAACUGUUGGGUGGUCUUAGAGUCAGAUGCUCUACUUGUCACUAACCUUUCCCAUCAACAGCAGAGUUGACCAGGAAUCACUCUCUGCUCUUAUCGCCUGCUACAGAUGGAUUGGAAGAAUGCACUAGUUUAUUCAAUAAUAGACUGCACUUCUCAAUAUAAGUGGAACUUAACAUUUCAAAGUUUAAAGUUUGAGGAAGUCUGUCAGUUAAUCUGCUUCUAACCUCAAUGGAAGAUGGUGGCAAUUUCAGAAAAUUAGCAUCAAUUGUUUGUCAGCUUUUGAGGUUUCCACAGACCUUACAAUGAAAUUCUAGCUAACAAGCUGAAAAAUUCAAUGAAAGUCAUUCCCUACAUGUGCCAUCUGUAGAGACUGAUAUUUUGUUUAAGAAGAUAUCUGGUCUUCCAAUAAAUAGGUAAAAAGAUGAGACUUAUUGAGAAUUUUACAGUCCCUAAUGUAUCUGACUCUACUACCCAUCACUGGCAGUGCAUUCCACACACCCACCACUCUCUGU